AUGGAGGACGCGGUGCUGCUGCUGCUCAUGCUGUUCGUGCUGGUAGUGGUGUCGUUCAUGCUGGACCGGUAUUCGUGUAAUUUGGUGUCGCAGAGCGGGUUCGCCAUGGUGUUCGGUCUCGUCGUGGGGCUCUUCAUGAUCAUGGGGGACAAGCACACAGCUCUGCAUACGCACCUGAACCUGGACAACAGCCUCUUCUUUGAUGUGCUGUUGCCCCCGAUCAUCUACGAGGGAGGCUUCUCCAUUAAGCGCCAAGCAUUCUUCCGCAACUUCCCGGCCAUUAUGAGCACUGCUGUCGUGGGCACAGUCGUUGCGGCGACCAUCACGGGUGGCGUCCUGUACCUUGCGGGCGCGUCGAAGAUCGUGACAAGGCUCUCGUGGGUGGAAGCUUUGCUGUUCGGCACGCUGAUCAAUGCUGUGGACCCGGUUGCUACGCUGACGUGCUUCAACAGGCUGCACGUCCCACCGCUGCUAUUCAACCUCGUGUUCGGAGAAAGCGUGAUCAACAACGCAGUAGCUAUUGCACUGUACCAGACGCUACACAGGUGGGACGUGGGCACCGACUUGAGUAUGAAGCAGUUGCUGCGAGUGGCUGCCAACACAAGUGGAAUGUUCGUGGGAUCGCUGCUUGUGAGCGCGACAAUCACACUUUGCGGCGCCUUCCUGCUCAAGCGCAAGAUCUUUUCGUCGCUGCACUUCUUCCCCAGCUAUGAGAUUUGCCUCUGCUUGGUUUUCAGUCUGUUGACAUACUACGUGGCUGACAGUCUGAAAUUGAGCGGCAUCGUGGCGCUGUUUUUCUCGGGUACUAUGACGGCUCACUACCAUUUCAACGCACUAUCACGCGAGGCACGGCACGCUUUCACGCACCUGCUGCACACGUUGUCGUUCUUGUGUGAGAACGUCGUGUACGUGUUCAUGGGGACAUCGGUGAUCAUGAUUUUUUCGGGGCACCGAGAGCAGAAUUCCGGUGCUGCGCUUCGGGUGGACGACAUCGACUGGCAUUUCAUCGGUCUCACCCUUGCGGCUUGCUUCUUCGCGCGCUUCUUCAAUAUUUUCCCGCUAUUGAAGAUUUCCAACUGCUCGCGCGAGUCCUGCGACCGUAUCCCAGUCAAGUACAUGAGCGUGAUGUGGUUUGUGGCGCUUCGCGGAUCCAUUGCGUUCGCGCUCGCCAAGAAUUGGAAUUAUGUUGGUCGCUACGGUUCGCACCGCCAACUCGUGGAAUCUACCACUCUUGUGGUGGUGCUUUUCACGACAAUUGUGGUUGGCGGGCUUACGGGCCCGAUACUCUCCAAGCUGCGUCUGACCGGGCACCACAGUGCACUUCGCCAGUCUGAACCCGAUGUCAACUCUGAAGCGUCGAGUUCUAAUGAGGAUCGAGCAAGAGCGCUGCAGCGUAGCACCUGCCACUUCAUGCUUCGUCGCAACUCUAGGGCCACGGAGCAACCCGCGCGACCUUCUUCAGAGGGGACAGAAGAAAACCAGGAAGUUAUAGUGGACGAAGACCCUGUGUUCACGUCGCGGCCGCAAUUCCGGGACGACGACUACAGUGGCGAUGAGGGAGAGCGCGAUGGGGACUCACCGCAGCAACGCAAGGAAACCCUGACCGGCGCGUUCUUCCGAAAUUGGCAGGCCUUCGACGCUGCGUAUAUGCAGCCGAUCUUCGGUGGCUCCCAGGCUCCUGCAAACCCGCGAGCAGUUGACAACGACGCAGCAGACUCGCGCGGCCAGGAGCUGGACAAGACUGCUGCAAGUGCGGUCUGAUCUCACUUCAACUUACCGGUUUUGAUUGUGUAAUGUACAUAAUUUCCCAAUACUGG